AUCUCUUCAACUACCUCCACCACUUUCUCUCCCCAACGGAUAGAUAAUAAAACCAUGGCCGCCACGUCCUCCACCUCCGCCCCAAUCCCAAUCCUCUCACCCCCCACCUCUCUCACCCACCAUCACCAAACCCUCCAAUUUCCCUCCACUUCCUUCCCCAAGCACCCCCUAAAAUCCCUCCGACCCACCACCAAACUCCACGUCUCCUCUCCCACCGGAAAACCCAUCACCGCCGCCACCGCCGCCAAACCCACCGAAGAAGUCGUGUUCUUCGACGGCGGAGCCCACUAUGGCGACCUCAUCGCCAACCUCCUCCUGGGUUUCACUCUUGUCUGGUUACCGCUCACUCUAGCAGCAGUUUUGAGGGGUUUCUUUCUUAGAUACAGGUUUACAAAUUUGAGGGUCACUGUGAUUUCUGGACUUACUGGUCAGGACCGGAGUGAUUUUUCUUACAAAGUGAUAAAAAAUGUUCAGGUGGUGCCUAGGUUUAUUGGUGAAUGGGGGGAUAUAGUUAUCACUUUGAAGGAUGGGACUAAGGUGGACUUGAGAAGUGUUCCGAAAUUUAGGGAAAUUGCUAAGUAUUGCCUCUCCAUGGCUGAGAAGCCUGUGGUUUUGAAUGAAAGUGGGCCAAAAGGGUUUUGAGGGUCUCAUUUGGUUCAAUUCAUUGCUCUCUUUUCCAAAGAGGUAUGUAAAUUUUUUUCUUUUUAUUUUGUUAAUGUAGCGGAAUAUGAAUUCGGUUGUGUUCUUAUAGCUUUUGUUUUGAGGAUAAUUUAUGGGGAAAAUUGUUCAUAAUGUUUCAUAAUUUUAGUUCUUUUAUAUGCA